GUGUUUACUUCUCAGCUGCAUGGUUUUACCAAGUCUAGUUCUCCGCUAUAAAAUUUGAACAAUUUAGCGUUAAAUAGACGGUUACCCUAAGAGGAGAGCUACUUUAGACAUUUAACAAGUGAUUGAUUGGCCUCCUAUGCAAAAUGCCUUCAUUAAUGAAUUUCGUUAUUCUAUUUUAAGAUCUCGUCGUCCCCUCAAGAAACAUCUUGCUCUUUGGCAUUGGGUUGCAAUGAAGUUGGUUCCUCCAAUCUCCCACAACUAUUUGAGACCAAUGAAGGUUUUAACGAUAGGUUAAAACAGGCCGUAAAUUUGGGUCAAGGUGAAACAACUGACUCCAUCGAAGAGGGUAGGGAUAAACUGUGGAAUCGUGAAUUUCCGCCCGACCGGCAAAAUAUAUCACAAUCGAGGUUUAUUCCCGAGGAAUUCUUGGAAAACAUUCCAGACAUUCCCAAAGAAUUCAAACAUUCCUUCCGAACAGUUAAACAUGUUGUUUCUGCAUGUGAGAAAGUCUCUAAACUGAUUGCGAAAGAAGAGAAGAACGGUGACCCCACAGAUUUACUCCCUAAGAAGAUGAAAUGGGCUCAAUCUUUGCUUGAUGUUUGGCAAUUGGAGCAUCAUGAUCAGACAAUUGUUCGAGAGGAGCUUUGGAAAGAAGAAGAUUGGCUGGGCACUCUGACUGCUCCAUUGUUCAAGGACAGGGACGAGCCCAAUUCCUUGUGGUACAGGCUUCAAAGCCAUUUAAGAGAAGCGCCAAGCCUGGACAUCCCAUCAUUCCUCAAAGAUUUGAAUUCCCACGUGAGCAUCAAUGGUCAACAUUCCAAGGUCCAAAAUUCGAAAAGGAUCACUAAAAGAAGCAAGAUCUUGACGAGCUUCUUGGAUUCAAGUACACUUUUCCUAGCCACCUUUUUUACGGGAAAAGUUUUGGGUCUGACUGGUCCUCAAAGUGAACCCAUGGUUCAAAAACACGGCACUCUGUUGGGCAAUCUCUUUGAGGAGAACGUAUUCCACGCUCUCAAGGAUACUAUAUCAAAGCGUCCAAGGUGGAUCACCGUCUUUUGUGGUUUGGUUGUCUUGGGAAAUAAGCAAGGCAAGAACGAGUUUGAUUUUCUAAUCAUUUUGGGUCAAGUGAUGAAAAUCAUCUAUGUUGAAUGCAAGUACACUCUGAGGGAUUACAUCGCCAUGAAAAUCAAGAAGCAAUCCAACAACGCUUUCGAGUAUCUUCAGUUUUAUUUGCCUGUGACAAAAGGCUGGGAAUUCCUAACUUGGGCUUGUUUUGAGGAGAGAGCUUCUGCCCCCAUUUGCUCGAAAUGCCGACCAUUUUUGGUCCCGAUUUCAGACCUUGAAACAUCCUUCAACAAGAUUCUAAAUGAACGUGAAAGCAAUGCAAUUGAAAACGGGACCAGCAAAAAGGACUACGAAGACCUGGUCAAGACCUAUCUCUUUCACGCUUUGGCCAAUAAACAGGUUUUUGAGGGAAGCCAAGUGGCCAAGCACCAAUUGAAGAUGGUGGACUUCCCUAGCCAGUCCAUCAUCUUAUGAAACCUUCAUCAACUGACGAUUCUUCAUAAAGACCCUCAUAGAAUGAUCAUACAGAGAGAAGAUUACUUUGGGACCGGGAAAACUGAGGUCUUGAAGGCCAAAGCAACCAGGUUGUCAAAAGAUCCAAAUAAUUUCGUGGCAUUCUUGGUGGCAAGGCCGUAUCCCAUGGCAAGGACUCCUGAACUUCUAUUGACAAAAUAUUUGCGAUUCCAAUUCAAAUCCCCAGAGCGAGAUUAUUGCAAGAGGAUCAGAGUGGAGGAAAUUUGGGAAGACGGUGCCCCAAACAAAGAGAAUGUUAUUGAUUUACUCGGAAAAAUGUUUCCGGAAUUUCAAAAUGAUGAUGGCACUUUCAAAAUGCACGUUUUUGUUGACGAGGCUUCUUCGCAAAACGCACAGUCAAUUGAAGAUAUCUUGGCCAAGAUUCCCAAAGAUUCAGGCAAUUUCGUUUGGAUUGUGGAAAGAGACAAGCAAUUUUCAGAGGAGGAGUUGAUGAAAUCUCUCCCUUCAUCAUAUCGUCCACCAACGUUAUCAAAAAGGUUUCAGGGCGAUUGUGAGAUUGAAGAGGGACUCGUUAUGAAUUUGCGGAAUACCCAAGAAAUCCAGAAAACAAUUCCACUCAUUCAAGAAAAUAGAGAUACCAACAAUUCCGAAGUUGACACAAUGUUAUUGGCAGAAAACCUCAUUUCGGUUUUGAAAACAGAACGCGAUGCGAAGCAAAUUCUUGUCAUUCUCCGGAAUCGAAAUGAUCCAAUGAUAGUGGAAAAGAUGAAGAUGGUCGAAGACGUCAAAUUUUAUGGAAUUUCUUACAAAAACGUUGACAAUUGUUCUGAUGCAGAUUUGGAACAAUUUUUCGAUGCUCCAAACCAAGAAAAACGACAAAUUUUGGUAACUUUCGAAAAUUUUGUCGAAGGAUUAGAGGCCGAAAUGGUUCUAUUUCCGGAAUUUCACGAUUUUCAAGCGGAUUCCACCCUUUUUCGUGCUAGAACUAAGCUAAGAACUGGAGCAAUGCAAGAAUUCACUCAUCCAGCGCUUCAAAAACAACAUUCAGUACCCAGAACCAAGGUGAUCAAAGAAACGAAAAUAGGUGUGAACCGUGAUUCCGGCUUGUCGAGCUUUGCCAACUUUUCGACUCUAAAUUACUCGAAGUUUCGGUACAGCCACGACUCUAAAUCAGUUGCUUCAUAUGCAAGUUAUUGGGAGUUCCAAAACUACGAUUUGAACAAAUGGCGCGAGAAAUUGGAACGAGCCUCAUCGAUCAAACAAUACAGCCUAGUGGUCCAAGAAUCUCCCAACAAAGACACAAAUUAUCCACUUCUUCUGUGGUUGGAAAUGUCCGAUGAAUGGUGCUCGUGUUAUGCUCUGGACUUAGAUGGCCAAUUUCCUGGCAACGAUCAUCAUCCUUUGAAUUCUCUUACGAAUUGGGAUACUGCGGAGAUCGUGGAGCUUACCUUUCACCAUGAAAUGCGGGAAUGGAAAGUCUGGAAACACAUCUUGAAAGCCGAAAUCCUCUAUUCUCAUCGCCUCAACCUUCAACUAAAUACCAAGUUCGAUUUCCGACGACUGCUUUCGAUCUGGUCCCGAAUCCGCAAAGAAUUCAUAAAGAAAGAAUUCACUCUUGACACGACCAAAUUGAACAACGAAUCCUAUGAUUAAAUUCGAAGGGAAAUCCUCAAAGACUGUCUUUUUAUUAGACAUGACUCUGCCAAUAGCAAUGUCGUUUCCAAGGCCAUUUCCAAAGCUGUUCUGCAAUCCUAUACGAGCAAUCCACAAUUUCAGUAUUGGAACGAGAUUGACCAUUUGGUGGAUUGGCUUCUUCCAAGAUUAAACACGCCUGUGAUUAACUUUCUCAUUACUUGGCAAUUUCCGUAUUACGAGUUUAAAGAAACGACACAGUUUGCCUCAGAACCACAAGAAGUCGCCCAAUUACGAAAAGAAUUGAAAAAAUUGUUUCGCUAUCGCAACCAUCCAUCGAAAUUGAAUGUUCCAUUGCUUUUGUUGCUUUGGGAGAAUGACACUUUUUCGCGUUUUCGGGCAAGCCUGAAGAAAUACUUUCCCCACUUUGCCGAAGAAUCGUGGUAUUCUGAAUUUGCCUCCACAGAAGAGCAAUGCCAAACGAAGCAUCAAAAUAUCAUGGAAACGUUGAGCAAAAAUUCGAUUUAUCGCCAAUCUGAGAAAGAAGACAUCAAACAAUUGAUUAGGAUUCCACGCCAAAGCACAGCAGUUUUUGCGGAUGCGCUAAUUUUCAUGGCCAGUCAUGAAAAGCACGCAAACACAGAGGGUGCCCGUCCCCAAGCCAAUUUAUGUUCAACGUAUUCUGCGCUUUAGCUGAUUUUAUGCAAAAUCAACACUAGCUGAAACUGGCGAUUCGAUUUAAAAAGAAAGACGAAGAAUGUGAGAGCUCAACUACACGUUCGAACAAAAUUAGGCUUCAAGCUAGCACAGGACAGCUAGGGGGAAAUUUACUUAAUUUUACAAUGAAGUUACCUCACUUUUGAAACUGUAAAAAUGCAAUACACAUACUCGUACUUCACAAUGAAUUUUACGGUUCUUUCCCACCGGUUGCAGAUCAGAACUGGCAUAGUAUUUUCCGAACUCAAGUAUAGUAACCAAACAAUGGACAAUUGAUAUUGAUUUUCAAUAUCACAAGAGCAUAAGAUUUCUUUUCCUUCCCUCAAAAGAGCUCAAAUUGUCGCGUAGCAAUGUUUAGAACCAUUUAAACGUGUUCAUUUUUUGAAAACUUAGUUUGGAUAUUUAAACACCCUACAUAAAUAAACAAUCAAUGACGAAUUUAAGAGAUCAAUUAGGCAUCAGCAAUUCAGCUUAUAAUUAGUUUCAACAAAUUUGCAAGACAACACACAUUCUAAAAAGUUAUUUGUUUCUUGUAUUUCACUAAUUGUUCAUUAUAAUAAAUAGAUAAGUUUACUUUUUAUUUUUGCAAAAUGUAUAUCACAAAUUCACUUACUACGG